UAAUGGGGAGCAUCGACGCCAACCUCGCCACGUCCUUCCUCGGCGGCUUUAAGCCGUUGGAUCUGGACGACCUCAGGACCCAGCUCCACCAGGCCGUGGACUUCAUCACGGACUACUACAAGCACGUCGACUCCCACCCGGUGCUCGCCCAGGUGGAGCCCGGCUACCUCCGCCGCAUCCUCCCUCCGACGCCGCCCGGCCCAGCCGCCGCCUUCGACUCCGUCCUCCACGAGCUCCGCCGCGGCGUGCUGCCCGGGAUGACCCACUGGGCCAGCCCCAGCUUCUUCGCCUACUUCCCCGCCACCAACAGCGCCGCCUCCCUCGCCGGCGACCUCGUCGCCUCCGCCCUCAACCCCGUCGCCUUCACGUGGCUCGCCUCCCCGGCCGCCACCGAGCUCGAGGCCCUCGUCCUCGACUGGCUCGCCCAUCUCCUGCGGCUCCCGCAGCGCUUCCACCACGGCGGCGCCGGCCGCGGCGGAGGCGUCCUCCUCGCCACCACCAGCGAGGCCAUGCUCUGCACCCUCGUCGCCGCGCGCGACGCGGCCCUGCGCCGCGCCGGGGGCGGUGCCGGUGUGGCCGCGCUCCCCCGCCUCGUGGCCUACGGCUCGGACCAGACCCACUCCACGUUCGUCAAGGCGUGCAGGAUAGCCGGGUUCGACCCGGCCCUCGUCCGCUGCGUGGCCACCCGGCCCGAGUCCGAGUUCGCGCUCGAGCCCGCGCGGCUGCGCGAGGCCAUGGAGGCGGACGCGGCAGCCGGGCUGGUGCCCGCGUACGUGUGCGUCACGGUGGGGACCACCUCGUCCACGGCCGUCGACCCCGUGGGGCCGAUCGCGGAGGUGGCGUCCCUCUUCGGCGCGUGGGUGCACGUGGACGCGGCGUACGCGGGCAGCGCGUGCAUCUGCCCGGAGUUCCGGGGCUACCUGGACGGCGUGGAGCGGGCGGACUCGGUGAGCCUGAGCCCGCACAAGUGGCUGCUCACGUGCCUCGACUGCACGUGCCUGUGGGUGCGGGACACGCGCCCGCUGACCGAGGCGCUGGAGACGGACCCGGAGUACCUGCGGAACGGGCCCAGCGAGUCCGGGCGCGUGACGGACCUCAAGGACCUGCAGGUGGGCGUGGGGCGGCGCUUCCGCGGGCUGAAGCUGUGGAUGGUGCUCCGGGCCUACGGGGCCGACAACCUGCAGGCCCACAUACGCGGCGACGUGGACAUGGCCCGGGCGUUCGAGGGGAUGUGCUUCCGGCUGAGGCCGCGGGGGGGGAUGGGGGAGGAGCAGGCGGCGGCGGAGAACCGCAAGCUGCUGGAGCUGAUCAACGCGAGCGGGAGGGCGUACAUGACGCACACGGUGCUCGGGCCCAAGUACGUGCUCCGCUUCGCCGUCGGAUCCACCCUCACGGAGCACCGACACGUGGCGCAGGCCUGGGAGCUCAUCAAGGAGAUGGCUCAUGCUGUCAUCAUGAGUACUACCGUUACCACUACCACUACCGCCGCCGCCGCUUUGCCGCCACCACCACCAAUGCUGCUGCUCCUGCUGCUGCUGCAGCAGCGCGGUCGGAGCCUCACGAUCCGCCGCAUGAAACCAUAUUGUUAUUCACGAUUAAUUAGCCAGCUCGGUGACUAUUGAUUAAUAACUGUCAUAAUAAUAAUAAUAAAGAAUUAUGAAGGUUUUAAUACA